AUGCUAUUGCAACCGUUGAAAACCGCGUUUGGCACUUCAGCGCGUUCCCUGGGCAUGUCGCGACUCGGCCCAGUCUCCUGUCGGUCCCUCACCCCGUCCAUCGCCACGAAACGAACGCUUGUGGGACAUGCUUCUUCCUACGAGACCACCGAAACUGUUGAGCUGGCCUGGGAUGUCCAGGAGGUUCCCAAUCCCACUCGAACGCCACUGGUGUUCAUGCACGGUCUGUUUGGUCACAAGGCCAACCACCACACCGUUUCCAAGAAGCUGGCCGCUGACCUCAACUGCAAUGUCUAUGGUCUGGAUCUGCGAAACCACGGUCAGUCUCCUCAUAACCCCCGUCACGACUACAUUGCCCUCGCUUCUGACGUGGAGCGAUGGAUCAAUGAGGUCAUGGGCGGAAAAGAGGUCAUUCUGAUUGGCCACUCCAUGGGAGCCAAGACAGCCAUGGCUGUGGCUCUGCGACACCCUGAGCUGGUCAAGUACCUGAUCCCCGUGGACAACUCGCCCGUAGACACUUCGCUGUCAUCCGACUUCCCCAAGUACAUCCGGGGCAUGUUGGAGAUCCAGCACAAGAAGGUCAAGAACUCCAAGGAGGCCCAAGAGAUCAUGCGAAAGUACGAGCCUGACCAGAUGAUCCGGUACUUUCUGCUCAACAAUCUGCGUAAGACUGACGACAAGGACGAGCCCAUGAAGUUCCGUGUGCCCGUUGAGAUUCUGGGCAAGUCACUGGGCUACUUGGGCGACUGGCCCUUCUUUGCCGAGGACGGCCGGUUCACCAAACCCACUCUGUUCAUCAGAGGCACCAAAAGCAAGUAUGUGGCCGACGAGUUUCUGCCAGCCAUUGGUCAGUUUUUCCCCAACUUUGAGAUCAAGGACAUUGAGUGCGGCCACUGGGUCAUCAGUCAGAAGCCUGAUGAAUUCAUGCGAGACGUGCGGGAGUUUGUCGAGAAGCACGAUGACAAGGCCGCAGAGGAGGCCAAGCUGGACGCGGACGCUUAG